AUGGCUACCCACGUUGCUCUUCUUCGUGCUCCUCCACUUUCAAUCUCCACUCAACGCUUCCAUGUCAAACAGAUUUGCAUAAAUGGAAUCAAAUUCUCCACCACCACUUCUUCUUCUUCUUGCUUUCCAUGCUCCAUAACAACACAAAGAGGGUCUUUUUCCUCGGUGAUUGCAUCUUCCUCUUCAAAUGGAAGAGACCCGGAUUCGGUGGAUGAUGAAGAGGUACGAAAAGUGGAGCGCAUUCUCGAAGAGAAACGACUAGCAGCAUUGUCUGCUAGGAUUGCCUCAGGGGAAUUCACCGUGAAGCAGAAAUCUGUUUUGCUUUCUAUAAUGGAGGGAUUGGCAAAGGUGGGGGUGCCCAAUGAAGUUCUGGAUUUUUUGUUUGGUUGGGUUGAAGGGGGUGGUGUGUACCGCAAAAUUCCUGAGGCAAAAGGGUCAAUCAAAGCUAUUCGAAGUGUUGCCUUCUUCAUUCCCUUGUAUGAACUUUACCUCACAUAUGGGGGGAUUUUUAGGUUGACGUUUGGACCAAAGUCCUUUCUGAUAGUAUCUGAUCCGACUAUUGCAAAACACAUAUUGAGAGACAAUUCAAAGGCAUAUUCAAAGGGCAUCUUGGCUGAGAUCCUAGACUUUGUAAUGGGGAAAGGUCUCAUCCCAGCUGAUGGUGAAAUAUGGCGAGUUAGACGCCGUGCUAUAGUCCCAGCAUUCCACCAGAAGUAUGUAGCAGCUAUGAUCGACCUUUUUGGACAAGCUGCAGAUAGGCUCUGCCAGAAGCUAGAUGCUGCUGCAUCCGAUGGAGAAGAUGCUGAGAUGGAAUCACUUUUCUCUCGAUUAACCUUGGACAUCAUUGGAAAGGCAGUAUUCAAUUAUGAUUUUGAUAGUUUAUCGAAUGACACUGGUAUAGUUGAGGCUGUUUAUACUGUACUGAGAGAAGCAGAAGAUCGAAGUGUUGCUCCAAUUCCAGUAUGGGAUAUCCCAAUAUGGAAAGAUGUAUCACCACGUCUAAGGAAGGUUAAUGCAGCUCUCAAAUUGAUCAAUGAUACGCUUGAUGAACUGAUAGCAAUAUGUAAGAGAAUAGUGGAUGAAGAAGACUUACAGUUUCAUGAGGAGUACAUGAAUGAACAAGAUCCAAGUAUUCUACACUUCUUGUUAGCGUCAGGAGAUGAUGUAUCAAGUAAGCAACUUCGUGAUGACUUAAUGACCAUGCUCAUUGCUGGACAUGAAACAUCAGCUGCUGUUUUAACUUGGACCUUUUAUCUUCUAUCCACGGAGCCUAGAGUCAUGUCCAAGCUCCAAGAAGAGGUUGACUCUGUACUUGGUGAUAGAUGUCCAACUAUUGAAGACAUGAAGAAACUCAAAUAUACGACCCGAGUGAUCAAUGAGUCAUUAAGGCUUUACCCACAACCACCUGUGUUAAUUCGUCGCUCUCUUGAGGAUGAUGUUCUUGGCGAGUACUCUAUAAAGAGAGGUGAAGAUAUUUUUAUAUCUGUGUGGAACCUGCAUCGCAGUCCAAAACUGUGGGAUGAUGCUGACAAAUUUGAACCUGAAAGAUGGCCAUUAGAUGGACCAAACCCUAAUGAGACGAAUCAAAGCUUCAAAUAUCUUCCGUUUGGUGGAGGACCAAGGAAAUGUGUAGGUGAUUUGUUUGCUACAUACGAGACUGUAGUAGCUCUUGCAAUGCUUGUUAGACGGUUCAACUUUCAAAUGGCGGUUGGAGCUCCACCUGUUGAGAUGACUACUGGAGCUACAAUUCACACGACACAAGGGCUGAAGAUGACUGUAACACACAGAAUAAAACCUCCUAUUGUGCCCUCAUUACAGAGGUCAACAUUGGAAGUGGAUUCAUCCAUAAGCCUUUCUGAGCAGGAUGAAAUAAGUCAGAAAGGCCAAGUUUAUCAGUCUCAGGCUCAGCCCUAA